AUGGAGCUGGAAAGCAAAGCACUGUCUAUUCCAAGAGGUAAGACCGGACCGAGGCGGAGAAGGCAGAGAGACGAGAGACGAAGAGAGCCUGAUGAUAUGUCAUCAGUUUCGACUUCAUCGUCUGCCAAUAAUGGUCGACAAAAGCGGCGGUCACGCUCAUCUGCUGCUGUGGUGACUCCACAACGGAAAAGGAGACGACGGAACGAGGAUGAAGGUACACUUGUAGUUUACAAUCUUCAUCCAGAAUUCAACAAUGCACACUUUGUUGCUCAUAUUGAAAGAAGGAUUUCAGAAAUGCGAGAUGUUGAAGUUGAGGUUGCCAGUUGCAGGGCGUUGCCUGCCGUUGAUGGCAAGGUGACUGCCCUUGUUACAUUUCAAGACAGCGAGGAAGCUCUUCUAGCGCUUUGCUUGAGUGGCAUCAAGUACAAGGGCAGGACACUUUAUGCAAGGAUUUAUGACCCGGAUAAGAAAAGGAACGAAACGAUGGGGUUGCUGAAGAAAAAGCAAGAGCUAUGCAUGGCCUUCUUUGUUGGAGCUUGCCCACGUGGACGGUCCUGUAUACACGCGCAUGGAGUCCUGGAUUUGAAGUACUAUAACGACACUGUCCUGGAUGAGAGUCGCUGUGUCUACAUCAACGAAGUCCCGAAGGAUAUUGGUGUUACAACCCUGCAUAAGAUUAUCCUCGAUCAAUUUAAGCACGAGCCAUUCUUGACACACUUUAAGUAUCGCAGAAACUCAGGGGAUGCUAUGAUUGAGUUUGCAAACCCCGUUGUGGCAUCAACGGCCUUUACAGUUCUUGAUGGAUAUCAAUUCCAUUCGUCAACAUUGGCUGUUCACCCUUGGAAACCUGAAUACCACACUGUUUUUGCAGCGUAUUUCAGCAACGACGACACAGAAGAUGAGGAUAUUAAAAACGAAGAGAAAUCGCGCAGAAGUGAUGCUUCUUCGCGCUUUCAAAGGAGUAAUGGCGAUGGAAACUCUGCUACAAAAUCUCCAAGAAGAGAUCGGAAGACUGACCCGGGGAAGGCUGUGAAAUGUGAUGCUGCACCAAAUGGCAUUAGUGUAGUCCCCCAAAGCAAAGCGAAUCCAAAGCUGACGCAAGAGGAGAAACAAAAGCAAGAUCAAAUCAUUUUCGAUCUCAAGGCAACUAUGAUUAGCUUACGGGAGGAACUUCUUCAGGCAAAGACAGAUGCAGUCACUGCCAAAGAAAAGGCCAAUGACAUGACAUGGAAAAACAAGGAACUUACCCAAGAUCACACGUACAAUCUACAAAAGAUCGAGACGCUGGAAAAAGACAACACUGACUUGAACAAGCUGUUGGAUGAAGUCAAAGAGGACGUGAGGUAUUACCGCGAAAAAUUGGAAAGCAAACGAUCGGAUACCCAAGACCAUAGAAGAAUGGAAGAAACUAUUGAUCGAUUACGGCGAGAAAAUGAUGCCUUUCGCCGGCAAAGUUUGGAAUCCAAACAUGAGCAAGAGCAACCAAGGAGACGGAUACAAGAAUUGGAGCGUCGACUGGGAGCAGCAACUGAUCGCAAUGAUGUGUACUUGAAGGAUCUGAAGAAUUUGCGGGAGAAAGUGCAGCAAUUGGAGACCACCAAUCGUCGAUUAGAGCAACAAGACAGCAUUGCAGAUUCAUUGGAGCUGAAACUGGAAGAAGCCGUGUCUAGGAACAAGAAAUUGGCAGAAGAUUUGACCAAAGCAAACGAGAAGGUUGACCGCCUGGAGUACGAAAACCAUCAUCUACGGAACGAACAGGCAGCGAUGCAAGAAGAGUUGAAGAAAGUGAGAGCCAGUAGUCAAGCUACCGGUAGGGGAACCGGCUCAGCACACGCCAGAAGCAAGAUGAAGCAAGAACCGACAAAUUGA